UUGAACGGAAAAAAGAGUGCCAUCAAACUCGAAGUUAGUCGUUGGUGGAAAAGUGCUCUAGCUAGUUUCCACAACUUUCUCUACUGUUGUUUGUUACGGCAAUGGCAAAAAACAAAACCAACGAUGGCUACCAGCGCGGAGUUUACGGUGCGCUCUGUACGUUGAUGCAUUUCAUCGUAGCCGUGCAGUUCACGUACGGUAUUUACUACGAUUUUAAAUACGUUCAUUUCCCUCCGGAAAUGAGGCGUCCCGGAGGCGAGUUUGGUGGUAAACUAAAAUUUCUCACUGUGUGGGAUGCGAUUCUUCAAGCAAUAUAUUUCACCGUAUGCCUGCUGAAUGACUUUAUCGGAACGAAUGAAAUCGCUCCCAAGCGGAUGCCGCUUAUUAGGAAGGUUAAAGAUUACAUGCUAGCUGCAUUUGCCUUCCCGGUUGCGCUUAACGUUGGUGUCACCUUCUGGACCUUGAUGGCCAUCGACCGAGAGCUCGUUUUUCCGAAGGCACUGGACGCCGUAUUCCCUGGCUGGCUGAACCACGUUAUGCAUACCAACAUCUGUAUCUUUAUGGUACUGGAAAUUUGUACCAGCUUCCGGCAGUAUCCCUCUCGCAAAGCCGGCUUAACUGGGCUGAGUAUCUUUAUGACAGCGUAUCUGGUGUGGCUCCAUAUCAUUCGGCACUUUGGUGGCAUUUGGGUGUACCCAGUGUUGGAUGUGCUUAAUCUUCCACAACGUAUCGUGUUUUUUGCCGUCAGUCUCGGAUUUAGUGUCGGUCUGUAUCUCCUGGGUGAGGUGUUCAAUAAUAUGAUUUGGACGAAGGAACUGAAGCAGCUCAAAGCAACCACCAGCGGCGGUGCUAGUAAGAAGACCAAAUAGACAAUUCCUACAGAUAACGUUGCAUUGAGCAAAUAAGAUGUUUUGUGCAGCUGCAUGCUACAGACGCAAUACUGGGAAACAGCAAGUCUACCCCAAGCGAACAAAACCCACACUGGGCGUGCAUUUCGUUUUUAUCUAAUCCCAAUGUCUCAUGGUUGUUUCAUCAUGUUUGUGAGUGUUUUUUUUGUUUCUAUCAUAAUGACUAUAACAAUUUUUUAAGGUUUAAAAUACCCAUUUUUAGCGUCUGUUAAUAUUUAUCUGGGUGUCAUUCAUUCUAAUGUGAACCUAAAAACUCGCUCGAACUUUUACGUAACCAUGCAUUUGUGACACGUUCAAAGAUAAAAACUAAUGACUUCGUAAUUGUUGAUCCCUUGAAAUGGGUCGAUAGAAUGAGUAUUUCCCCGAGUGUAUGUGUGUGCUGGAAUGAAAUGAUUAUCCAUUUUUGGCUUGAUUACAGCUUCCUGAUAAGCCGAUCCAUUGCAAUUAAAACUUAUUUUCUUUCUUCAAAUUUAUUGCAACCGCACCAUGCAAACUCUCGCUACCCAAGUGUCUCAGCCUAUGGUGGUAAAAGAUGAAGCAACAACAGAGCAGACAAAGCAAACAUUUAACAUCGUGUGAGGAAUUUUUUUCCUCUGCGAUAUUUUCUGAAACGGCGGAGCGUAGCAAAUAGUACAUAUUCGAAAAAAUGCAUUUACGACUAGCAUAAUUGUAUGAGACAGGCAAACCACCACAUUCAGCCCAGUGCCAGAUGGUGUCAGCGUUUUAGGUAGGGACAUACUUGCUGAUCACUAGAAAAGUGUACUUGUGAAAACCGUUAGCAUCGUCAUCAUCAUACCUUUCAAUCAUUUUGUUGCUCGUAUCGGCGUCCCAUAUACCAUUUGGAACUUUAGUGCCGUCUAGAGGUUGUCGUUGGACGAUGACUACAAUGCGUCUUUAAGGAUAACGUUAGAUAGGGCUCAAUGCUAUCAACUAUAAUCUGCAACCAGUGUGUCUAGCUGCUUAGAACUUUUUGAGAAGUUUAGAUGUGAACAAAUUUUGCACUGCUUUAGGGUACAUCGAUAUUGAAUUAAAUACUUACAAAAUUCCACAGACGAGCACCUUACCUCGAAUGUACUAUCCGCGUCCAAUGAUGUGAAUUUGAUUCAGGAGGGUGUGUGGCACUUUUGGACCGAAUAACCGUGAUUUAAUGUUGCGUAUGCGGAGGUAGCAUAUAUUACUGGCAAGUCAAUAUUGCUGGAGUUAGGCAAUCAAUUCGAACACUAUACGCCACAUGUAUCAAUUGUCGCGCAUCGGGAGAACUCGUUUCUUUUAGAGGGUUCCGGUGUACCGCGUUUCCAUUCGUUCAAUAUUUGUGUACAUCACUUUAGAUGUUGCGUCAGUGUCGUUCUAGAUGUAAUUUACAGAAACCACGAUCGUAGAUAGCGAAAUAGUAGAGUAUGACAGACGGUAAGAAAGUAUGUUCAUUUCUAAAUUCAAACUUUAAACGAUGCACGCGUAACGAGAGUUAUGGGAGCUAUUGGUGGAGUGGCGGUGUCAUUUACAAGAUUCAUUCAUCUUGCUUAUAAUAGAAUCGGAAAU